AUGUCCCGUCAUUUCUCUUCCCAUAACGGAAAAUGCUUCCGAUCUAAUCAGAUGAUCGUUUGGGAAUCUCAUCGCACCAAAGAAUUGUCUAACAAUGGAGAUGCAGCUACUUCAGUCUGUGAAACGGUAAGCUAUGCCUAUGGCGAGUCUUGCUAUUUCUUUAUGAGCACAUCUGCCAACUAUAAAGAAGCAGCAGCGGAGUGUGAGAGCACUUGGAACGCACAUCUUGUUUUUAUAGAAAGUGAGGAGGAACAACAAUUUCUGGUAUCACAGAUUCUUCUGUUAGACAACCAGGCUGACUUCUGGAUAGGAUUAAUCAAGUCCUCUCUUGGGUUGAAAACAUGGAGCGAUGGAAGAGAGCAUCAAUAUAUCAACUUCGAGUACAGCUCCUUCAACGAAGGGACGCCAUGUUUCCGGAUGAAGAGUAACAGUAAUUACGUCUGGCAUGAUCGUCAAUGCAGCUUCACAUUCUCUUACAUCUGCGAACAAGAAAAUGCAUGUUUAACACCAGUUGACAGUAGCUCAAAUGAUAGUCUCACGUCGACAUUAACCAAUGAGAAGGAAUCGUCCACGGAAUCAUCAACCGAGGACACAACUGAACCACCAAUCGAAGAGGAAAGUCCAACCAUAAAGAAACAAGCUGGAGAGUCACGGUCUUCAUACGUCAGAUCAAUGGCAGAUAACUUAUCCCUACCCGAUGCAACAGUUCUUUCAAGAUUUCAGGUCAACUCCAUAAUAAGAUGUGCUGGAUUAUGUAACGAAUUAUUAGAAUGCACCCAUUUUACACACAUGAUGGCAUCAUCCACCUGCCUACUCGGAGAUGGUCGGGAUCUUCAGUUGGAGGGAUUAGUGCCAAUGAAGGGCGCCCGUUCUUUUUCAGUGUCAUCAGAUUCUUAAUUAUUCAAUGACUGCUUAUUGGUCUACCCUACUAGAGAGAAAAUUAUGAUUUGACGAUAAGAGAAAAAGUAUUGAUAGGGCUUAUAUUCCUGCAAGAAUUAUUGUUUUAUUAGCAUUGGUAGUGUUUUCCCU